AUGGACAAAAGCGUCAUGGCUCAAAGUUUCAUUUAUGGCCUAGAAGAAUCACUUAAUCUCAAAGGACACGAGUACUCGUGGUGCGGAUCCGCUUUCUAUUUUGGCUAUCUCGCUUUUCAACCCUUCGCUGGCAGACUGCUCAAUUACCUCCCACUGGGCCGCUUCGUCAGUGCAACCGCUCUUUCCUGGGCUAUCAUUCUCCUAUGCACGCCUGGAGCCAAGUCUUUCUCUGGACUCUUCGCCUGCCGCUUCUUUCUCGGCAUGGCAGAAGGUGGUGUAUCACCAGCCUACGUUCUCAUCACCGGGAUGUGGUAUAAGAAAGACGAAAUUCCUCAACGAGUCACGUUUUGGUUCACUGGAAAUGGCGUAGCGAUCAUCAUUCAAGCUCUCGUUAGCUACGGGAUUGGACACAUAAACACGAGUGUCGCGACCUGGAGAUGGUUCUUUAUCAUUUUUGGGAUAUUGGGUUUGGUUUGGGCGGUUGUGCUUUAUCUUUUCAUGCCAGAUUCUCCUUUAACGGCCAAAUUCUUGAACGAGGAAGAGAAAGCCGUAGCUGUCGAACGACUGAGAAACAACCGAACAGGCGUAGCGAACAAGGAGUUCAAAAAGUACCAGCUCAUAGAAGCCUUGAAAGAUCCUCUGGUCUACUACUCAUUCUUCUACGCUAUUUCCUGCGUGGUUCCCAACAGCGGCGUCUCAUUUUUCGGCGCCCAAAUCAUCAAAGGGAUGGGCUUCAACAAUUUCGUCUCUUCAAUCCUUCUCAUGCCUUUCGGACUCUGCGAAACGAUCGCUCUCCUCACCGCUGGCUACGUCACCCGCAACAUCCCCAAUCUCCGCUGCUUAAACCAGUUCCUCUGGUGCGUCCCCGCUGUCUUCGGCGCGGCUUUGGUAUACUGCCUCCCGUCAUCCAAUCGAGCAGGUCGUCUUGCCGGGUUCUACUGCACGGGCUUCUCGAAUGCAGGGCUACCGCUUCAGUUCUCGCUUAUGAGUUCCAAUGUCGCUGGACAUACAAAGAGAAGUGUUGGUAACGCCAUCAUGUUCUUUGGGUACGCGACUGGAUUUAUUAUUGGUCCGCAGUUUUUCUUGUCAAGUGAAGCACCGGUAUAUCCUACAGGCUUCAAAACCAUGAUCAUCACGUUUGGGACAGCGUGUUUGGGACCGGUGGGACUUUGGUUCUAUUUGGGGUGGUUGAAUAGGAGGAGGGAAGCGGCGUUGAGGGAGAGUGGGAAUGAGAAUGUUUAUGCGAGGAAUGAGGAGUUCUUGGAUUUGACAGAUAGGGAGCAGAUUCAUUUUGUCUAUUCGAGGUAA